GGGGGCGCUGCAACCUCACAUUUGUCGGAGUAGGAAGUACAGUUUUCUGUAACCGUGAAUUGAAAGUACGCCAUAAAUAUGGCGCCAAAAUAGUUUUCAAGCAGAUGAUAAGAUCGGAUUUUUUUCCUGACUUCCUCUCUGUGUUGUUGUCGAUCUUUUAAUUAUGUAAGAAAAUCUUUUCUCUGCUGUUUGCAGCUCCAGACUCGCCUGUGCAUAUAUAUAUGUUUUGCAGCGCGGUGUUGCAGGCAUUCACCGGCCGGAGGAGCGACUGGAGACGAGUUCAGAUCUGGGUUUUAUUUCUCAACCAGCACCGUUACGUUACUGGCGUGCGGUGUUUUUACUGACUCAUCUCGUGGAAAUAUAUCCCCGUUUUUUUUAUUUUUUUUGGUUCAGCCACCCUCCUUCCUCUGCUUCCCCAGCCUCCUUUCCUCCUCCCGCUGGCUCCGAAGGAGGAAAACAGCCGGAUUGGGACUCCUCCACGUUUCGGCUGCUAUUUUAAUUUUUAUUUUUUUAUUUUUUUGCAAAAUGCGACAUGCUUUCCAUGUUGCGCGCAUCUCGGAGCCUGGCACGCCGGCGGUAGCGCUGCGUUUGGUUUCCUACUGACUGCUCGCCACUUUUCUCUCCGGGUUUGUGUUCAGGAGUGGGAUUUUACACAUUUUGGAUUCGGACUCCUGUCUUUGACGCGCUGUCAACACGCAGUGCAAAGGGGAGGGGAGGCCGGGAGAAGAGAGACAGUCCUGUCACCCUGCGUGGUUUAAGUGUCCGGUGUGUGUGUGUGUGUGUGUGUGUGUGUGUGUGUGUGUGUAUGGGGGGAUGUUUAGCAGCACCAACCCUCUGCUGGUAAACUACAUGUGCCUGCUCCAGAUGAUCUCCUAAAUCUGAUCUAAUCCAGGACUAAGGACGUCUGUGAAUCCAAAGCUGACUCCCACCAAGAUGGAGAGCGAGAAGAAGAGGAGGAAAUACUCCACAAGCAGCAACGACUCUGACACCACUGACAGUCAGGUGACGUCGUGGUCCAGGUCCUCUAAGAACACCGGCACCAGCAGCACCUGGAUCCGCCUCCCGCACAAGAAACCAUCUGAGGUGUUUCGGACAGACUUCAUCACGGCCAUGAAGCUGCCGGACUCGGCCCAGCUCGGCCCAGACGACUUCUACGUUCUGUCCGACCCGUGGAGACAGGAGUGGGAGAAGGGGGUUCAGGUCCCAGCCAACCUGGAGGCCAUCCCAGAACCCGUGGUCAGGUCGCAGCUGGAGGCGACGGGCGGCGGGUCGGCCGACGGCCAGACCGAGGAGGGAGACGCUCAGCCUCCUCGCUCGCAGCAACACGGCUGCUACGACCUGGACGACCUGGACGUCACCUGGCUGCAGCUGGUCAACCAGGAGUUCAGGCAGAUGGCCUUGCCGGAGCUGGACGAACUGACCAUGGAGCUGGUUCUGGUGGAGCUGGAGCGCCUCUGCCAGGAACAGAUGCAGCAGGCCAUCGAGACGGAGGAAGGCCUGGGCAUCGAGUACGACGAGGACGUGGUGUGUGACGUGUGCCGCUCACCGGAGGGAGAAGACGGAAACGAGAUGGUCUUCUGUGACAAGUGCAACGUCUGCGUCCAUCAGGCGUGUUACGGCAUCCUGAAGGUGCCUCAGGGUAACUGGCUGUGUCGGACCUGCGCUCUGGGGGUCCAGCCCAAAUGUCUGCUCUGCCCCAAGAGAGGCGGCGCCCUGAAGCCGACGCGCAGUGGAACCAAGUGGGUCCACGUCAGCUGUGCCUUAUGGAUCCCUGAGGUGAGCAUCGGCUGCCCAGAGAAGAUGGAGCCCAUCACCAAGGUGUCCCACAUCCCCGCCAGCCGCUGGGCCCUGUCCUGCAGCCUGUGCCGAGAACACACAGGAACCUGCAUCCAGUGCUCCACGCCCUCCUGCAUCGUGGCCUUCCAUGUGACCUGCGCCUUCGACCACGGCCUGGAGAUGAAGACCAUCCUGGCCGAAAACGACGAGGUUCGCUUCAAGUCCUUCUGCCGGGAUCACAGCUCCGCCGGCAGCAACGGGAACCACGCCGUCUCUUCCGCCGCCAGCGGCAUCAACGGAGCGGCCAGAUCCGAGCAGCGCCACGAGCCCGACGGCGCCGGCGACCCGGAGCACGGCCGAGCGUCCCACCCGGCGCCGGCGUCGGAGCGGGCCGAGCGGGACCAGCUGGAGAGGGAGAAGGUAAGCCAGAGGAAGCAGAAGCUCCAGGAGCUGGAGGACGAGUUUUACAGACUGGUGGAGCCGAGCGACGUCGCCGAACACCUGGAGCUGCCGCUGCUGCAGGUGGAUUUCUUGUAUCAGUUCUGGAAGCUAAAGCGGAAGGCCAACUUCAACCAGCCUCUGGUGGCGCUAAAGAGAGACGAGGUGGACAACCUGGCCCAGCAGGAGCAGGACGUCCUCUACAGGAGACUCAAACUCUUCACACACCUCCGCCAGGACCUGGAGAGGGUGCGUAACCUGUGCUACAUGGUGACCCGGCGGGAGAAGAUGAAGCUGACGCUCUGCGACCUGCAGGAGAAAAUCUUCCAGCUGCAGAUCCAGCUGCUGGAGGAGGAAACAGCUGCAGAGAAAACCCAGAAGGCAGAAAAGAGGAAGCAGAAUGGAGUGAAGGAUAAAAGGAAAGAGAGAAGGAAGCAUGGCACCGGCAAGAAAAAGGAGAGGUGGAAGUCUGAGAACGGCUCCCUGCUUAAAGAGCUAGGUUUGUCCAAGUCGUUUCCGUUAGAAAGCUCUCUGUUCGACAGCUGGCUGGCCAAGUCGGUCCAGAUCACCGCGGACGACAUGCUGAGCCAGUGGGCUCUGGACGGCCAGCACAACGACAAAAGCAGCAGCCUGCUGUCCGACCAGCUGAUGCAGGGCGAGGAAAGCCUCCUGAACCUCAUGAUGGAGAACUCUAUGCAGUCGGCGUGGAAGACGCCUCAGCUGGGCCGGAAACCCAGAGGAAGCAGCAAGCCUCGUUCUCGAAGGCCGAGCGGCGCCGGCGUCCAGCGGGUGUUCGGGUCGGCCGCGUCCAGCAGCCCGUCCACAGCCAAGGACUUCUGGGAAAAAUCCAGCCACGCUGGCCGCCGAGGGGUGAAGUCCAGAAGCUCGUCCAAGGGGGGUCACCACCACCAGACCAGGAGCUGCGACCCGAACGGCGACCCGCCGCCACAGCCGCCCAUCUCCAAGAUGGAUUCCUGUCACAUCUCGGAGGAGCGUGGCCGCUGGGACAGCGUCCACAUGGCAACCGGUUUCAUGGCGAGCGCCGCCCCUUCGCCAGCCUCCAGUCCAGGAGGCACAGGGCCUGACGCCGGGGCCGUCCUGCGGGGGUCGCGGCCCCGCCCGGCCCGGCGGGGUAAAGCGAGGUCCAGGGUCGAGGAACUGGACUCCAUGGACCUGCCGCUCACAGGGAAAGGCACAUUGCUGCUGGACGCCGCCGCAGAGACUGAUGGGUACUUCUCCGAUGGAGAGAGCGAUUUGGAAACGCGGUCCGGCGGACGAAAGCUUCGGCUGCCACAGCUGCAUCCUGCCAACGAGGAUCUACUGAGGAGGAGCGUCCUGGCGUCCUAAACAAAGCAACGGCAACUGAGCAGCCUUGUCAAACCAAAUCCGUGGUAUGGAGCAGCGUCCCAGCUCUGACUGCCUGGUCUUCUGAAUGUAGCUGUAUGCCGACCGUACAGUAAAGCUUCUCCACUGGACCGCAGCUCGCUCCUCAUACUAUAGGAAACAAAACAUUCGUCUUUUGUAUAUUUCUAACUCAUCUGGUUGUGGCCAUUAGUCUGUAGUUUGCGUCAGACUUGGGAACAAACACUUUGGGGCAUUACUCUUCUUACUCACACUGGUUCCAGGGUAUGGUUUAAGGUCCGAGCUGCAUCCAACGAGUUUUCCUCAAAAUAUUCAGACGAUUUCAUAGCAGAGCUGGCAUGAAUAUGUGCAGAGGGCAGCACAGGACAGCAUGUUCUCAGCCUUUAAAAGCACAAUAACUAGUCAGUCGAGCUGUCAUAGAAGCACUUGAGAGUAAAACAAAAGCUCUUUCAGGGCCGGGGUCGAUUUCAGACGCUGAUUUUCUCAUUUUCAUCCCUUAAAAGCAGAAAUAUUACAGAUGAUUGAUCCCGUCGUUGUGUCAGACACAAACUCACACAAACACUCAUCGCAGUAUGGUAUAAAUCAGGGGUGUCCAAAGUGCGGCCUUGGGACCAUUUGUGGCCCUUGGAUUAAUUUUGUGUGGCCCCGGCUGCAAUUGAAGAACGGCAUAAAUGUGGGCAUUUAAUACUUUCAGUAAUUUUUAUCACCUUAAACAUCGUAUGUUACUAGUUCACCAUGUUUUACUUUUGUUACUGAGAAUAAAGUAAAAACGUUUUAUAGGUUUAUAAAAUGGAAAACAAGUUGAAAAAGUUAAAUAACUUUCACGUUUACCUUAAUAUUGUGCACGUAAAAGAAAGAAUUCACAUUGAAAUCUUAUGCAUUUUUAAUUGUGGGGGGAAAAAAAACAUUUUAUCCCCUGAAUAUUUUCUGCUUGGGGAGUUUGGCCCCUCGGUCCAAAAAGUUUGGACACCCCUGGUAUAAGUACUUAAUCCAAUCUUUCUCCAUUGCUGUCAAAUUCUUCCUAAAUCAAUUCUACCCCCUAAAUCUUUACAAAAAUAUCAGCAGAGAAACGUUGUGCCUUGCGUCACUUCCUGUGACCUCCCCACAAAACAAUCAGUGAGUGAAUCAAUCAGCCUCUCAAUCCAAAUUUGUAACAAUCAGAGCAAAAUAAAAUCCCGACAGAUUGGUUGCCAUGUAGCCACUAGGUGUCUUCACCAUAAUGAUUGAAUAGUGCCUAAAAAAACAACAACAAAAAAAACCAAACAUGCAGCAUUUGCCAUUUUUGUAACCAAUGCAUCUGCGGCACUUUGCGAAGCAGAGCUGCCUACUGUUACGAGCCGCCCCUGAAUGCAUCACAGCAGCAGAGAGCCUUUAAAAACAAGAGCUUGGCCAAGUUACACCAUGUUCCAGCUUUCAGGAGUCUUGCAAGAUAUUUGUUGCUCAAGUUUGAUCUCCUUCAAGCUUUUCUCCUUCAGGUCUGAGCCCAUUUCAGCCUGGUGGUUUUACAAUUCAAAUACCACCCAAGAAAAUCUACAUUUUAUUGUGAAUUUGUGAAUCAAAGUUUAUUCAACUUGAGACGUCAGUAGAAUCACAGAAUAUCAUUUCUGCAGCACCCUUGAAAAGCAGCUCAAACUACUGAUUUAUGUUUAUAUUCAGUCUUCCUGGUGUAAGCAGUAAUUUCAGUUCUCCGUGUUUAUGUAAGAAAAAGUUUAUAGUAAUGUUAUAAAGCAAAGAAAAUACUUAAGAACCUUAAAACAUAGUCCUCACCCAAACUUUGAGAUUUCCAAAAGACUAGAAAUAUAUUUAAAUCUAGCUUAAAAUACUAAAACAAUCAAACUUUGUUACAUUUUGAACUCCAAUGGAAAUCAAAACCAAUUGGGAAGAGAUAAAUCCAUUACUACUGUAGACCACCUCCAAAAAUACCUGAAGCUACAGAUUUUACUAGUUUAAACAUUAAAUCUACCUUAAUAUUUACAGCAGAAACCUAUCUACAUCCAUCCAUCCAUCCAUCCAUCUUCUUCCUUUUAUCCGGGUCGGGUCGUGGAUAACAUGUAAUUGUCAGCAGCUUCAGAAGGGAGGCCCAGUCUUCCCUCUCCAGUCUCUUCUUCCAGCUCCUCCAGGAAUCCCAAGGCGUUCCCAGGAAUCCCAAGGCGUUCCCAGGAAUACCAAGGCGUUCCCAGGCCAGCAGAGAGACAUCGUCCCUCCAGCGUGUCCUGGGUUUCCCCUCCUCCUGGUGGGACAUGAACUCCUCACCAGGGAGGCGUCCAGGAGGCAUCCUGACCAGAUGCUCCUCAACUGGCCCCUCUCGAUGUGAAGGAGCAGCAGCUCUACUCUGAGUCCCUCCUGGAUCACUGAGCUUCUCUCUCUAAGGGAGAGCCCAGACACCCUAUGGAGAAAACCCAUUUUGGUCGCUUGUAUCCGUGAUCUUGUUCUUUCGGUCAUGACCCAAAGCUCAUGACCAUAGAUGAGGGUGGGAACGUAGAUCGACCGGUAAAUCGAGAGCUUCGCUUUUUGGUUCAGCUCUCUCUUCACCACAACGGACCGGUACAGCGCCCGCUUGACGGCAGACGCUGCACCAAUCCGCCUGUCGAUCUCCCGCUCCCUUCUUCCCCCAUUCGUGAACAAGAUCCCGAGAUACUUGAACUCCUCCACUUGGGGCAGGACACCCCCCCUGACCUGGAGAAGGCACUCUACCCUUUUCCGGCUCAAGACCAUGGCCUCGGAUUUGGAGGCACUGAUCGCCAUCCCAGCCGCUUCACACUCGGCUGUGAACCGCUCCAGUGAGAGCUGCAGAUCAGCCAAUCAGCACCAAGGAAGUUGAAUGGUGCGCCUGGAUUGGUUGCUUUGUAAACGUCAGCCAAUAGCGUGUCACAACAAUUAUUUUUUAUGCUUUAUUAAAACUAUUUUUCAAACAUUUCACUGAUUCAGAAGAUAAAUUACAGUGGAUCCCAAACUUUUCAGGGAGUUUUCUGCAAAGUAUUUGCAGGAACCUCACCGAUGUGUAGAGAAUAAAACAAUGUUUAUUAUUCUCAAUGUUUAAGCUUCCUAAGCUACUUUUUAAAAAUGAGGAGCAAAACAACUUCCCACAAUACAGGCUGGUGUUUACAAAGUAUCCAAUCAAGAACGCUGUUCCUGUUCAUUGGUGUGAAGAUGUUAGCUUCCCCUGCGCGUAUAUUUGCUGCUUGCACCAUUAAAAUCUUCAUUAUUAGAGGAACUGUCCAGGAUUUUAGCUAAUUGUUGCGGUUCAAGUCAAUUCCAACUGAUUUAAGUUGUUGUAGAUGAAACGUAUCAGAAUAAAUUGGUUAGUUCAGGUCAUUAUGUGUGUCUAUGCAGUUUUCCAUGUUGUUUUUUUGGGGGGGGAUUAGCAGAUUAUCACACCAGCACAGCGUUCUGAUCAAACCAGACUUGGCCAAGCUCCUGCAGCAAAAGGCUCUACUGCAAAAACCGUAAACUAUCAAAGAUGAAGCAUGAAUCAGCGUCCCGCACUCCUGAGUUCCCAAACUGAGCUACGUCUCGUUUUACUGCAGAUUCGCACAUCUUACCAUACAGAGUCGUAUUUUCUACUCAAGAAGCUGUUUGUGGUAUUCUCAGGGGUUAUAGAAAAACUUUUAAAAAGAAUUAAGACAAGAUUUAAAAAUAAAAAAAAACAUGUAUGUAAAAUUAUAUAUAAUACACACAUAUAUCUAUGUAAGGUGAGGUAUGUUUAAAAAGUUUGUUUGGCAAGAGUCAGUUUGAUUUCCAACACCACUACUACUGAGCAAGUGUCUUCUGUAAGUGUGAGCUCCAGGCCCGGUUUCAACGGCUCUGAUUUCACAGAUCAUGGAUCAGGAUGAAGGCUGUCCUGACCAACACAAAUCAAUCAGAUCGAUUGAUUAGAGCAAGCUGCUUGAGCCGGGCCUGACACACAGCCUUUAAGUAGAGAUCUCUGUCCAUCCUGCUCUGUUUUAUUUCACUUUGUUUUCUGUAGACACAUUCUGACUGGUGUUAAGGAACGACCAUGCCAAAGAACAGAUCUGUGUAUCAAGGCAACAUAUUUCUAUCUUGUCUGCACACACACACACACACACACACACACACACACACACACACACACACACACACACACACACACACACACACACACACACACACACACUCUGUCUCUGGACUGUAACGUAAAGUGAGUUUGAUAAAGUGUUGGAAGGUUUUGGUCACUUAACACAGAUUUCCAACACGUAGCUGGUCUAACAGGGUUACAAAGCAACAGAUGAAUAGUUUUCUAUGGAUGUGUGGUUCUGACUCCUUCAGAGAGAAACCCAGAGUUUAUGACAAGCGAUGGCACUGUGUCCUUUUCGUUCUUCAGGGGAUUUACACGGCUGUGCUCUAUUGUGAAAAUGUCUCUACUCAGAGUUUCUGAAUUCAUGCCGUAGCCUGGAGGAAGUUGGACUUCUGCUGCGUCUCAGACACGACGACGUGUCUCUGAAGUGACGAUGCUCAUUCCAGCCUCAUGCGUCACCCAGACAUAUUAAUGUAAUCUUGGUUUCAGUAUUCAGAGUAGCCUAAUGUUGUAGACGGUGGUUUUAGAUGAGGCCUGUACGGCCUCCACAUGUAGUUGCAGACGCUGAGGCUGCACAGAACAGACAGAAGAAAUCAAACCUGAAACCAAUCAGCAAAUAUUUUAACCCUUUGCUGUGCAGCCUCAGCAAUCAAACCUGGUUUAUUAUUCUGUAUUUACAGUGUGGCUUCAAUGCCCUCUCCUUCCGCUUCAUAGAUGCUGUAGACUGGGCUCUUUAUUAUUUUUCACUAACAUUCAGCUUCAACUUGUGGUAUGCCGGUGCGGCCGCUGGCUCACAACUCCAAAUGUGAUCUUUGAGUUUUGCAACUCUGACAACAGAAAUGCACAUUUUCUACAUUUUUGUGGGUUAGUUCUGUGAAAGUUUGGUCCAUUAGAAGAAGAAUCAGUAAAGCAAACAAGUAUUUGGAAUAAAUCCGUAUUAUAAUGUGCUUGUCACUUUAAAUUUUUGUCAAUUUUUCACUAAAAAUACAACAGCCGACUCAAUAUUACACAAGUAGGCUGUUGUAUUUUAGACUCUUCUUUGCAAUUUCAAUAUCUGACACAUUUAUAUAGCAAAGAUUUGAUUUAUUGUGUGAAGUAAGAGUAAAAAAAAUUAGGCAUGCCAAAUGAAUACUGUUAUAUGGACUAAAGCUGCAACUGAUUAUUUUAAUAAUUGAUUAUUAAUUUUUCAGAUUGUACAGAUUAAAUUUGUUAAUACAAUAUUAGAAAUGCAUUAAAAGAUGCAAAUAACAAAUUCAAUUCCUUUUUGUUAAAUAAGAAAUAAACAUUUAGGGUUCUCUGGAGGAACAGCUUUACUAAAGCUGUGAAGCUAAAGCUGAAGUUUUUGCUUCACUGAACACAGUGAAACAAGAGUCAACGUUGUUUUGAUCUACAAUGCUAAAUGUUUAUAGAUUUUUUACAGUUUUGUCGUAUUUACAACUCUGACUGUUAACUGGAGUACAUAGACUCAAAAAAGAAAUUUACUGAGGGAACAAGUAAUGAUGACUAAAUUAGUUAAUUAUUUCAAUUAUUGAUUAAUCACAAUUAAUCAGAUUAAUCUUUUCAGACCUUUUUUUUGGCCAAAUUUCACCCUCAAAUAUUGAUAUAAAUGACAACAUAAAAUAAACUGCUGGCUCAAAACCACAUGACAGCAGGUCAGAAAAAACAUCGACUUUGAAGCGUCUCAGGGGGAAAACAAUGAAAAGCUGGUAAAGGCCAGCGCCUGUUGCUGCAGGUAAUGGCAAUUUUUCCUGCUGUUUGAUUAAUCUGUUGCAAAACUCAGAAGAGAUGUCUCUCCACCAGUUGGUUUUCUUACAAAGAAACCAAAUCCUGAGGGAAAUGACUCCACCAUGUGACCCCACCUGCAUACCACUGGACUCUUACACAAUAUUCACAGUUACAAUAAUGUAUUAUACUGUUCAACUAAUAGCUACAUUUUCAUGUUCAGUGUUUUUAAAAAGCCUUUGCAGACUUUUUAUUUGGUUGGUAAUGCUUAGUUGUAUCAAACUGGAAAGCUGACUCAUUAUCUGCUUCCACUGGUUUUACUGGCGCUUUGCUCUCCUUUCCAGUUAAAGUUAAAACUUUAAAAUUUCAACAUCCACAACAGCUGUGCAGAUCAGAACUUCGUCCUAAAACAGCUGCUGUGGAGGAAUAGACAGGAGGUCAGAGAGAUGUCAGGUGGCGUAAAGUGAGUUUUUAGUCAACUUGAUAGAAAACCUUAAAAGAUUUUAUAUUAUAGAUACAACUAAAUACUCACUACUCUUAUCUUCUUUAACUGCUUCUUCUUAAAUGUGAUGCAUUUAAUGGUUAGGCAGCUUCACAAAUUUAUGUUAUGAAUGAAGGUUUAUUUGCAAAACACGGAAAAGUGGAAUAUCACUCAAUAAAAUUAAAAUGGACAAGAUUUUACACUAUCAAUCAAUCAAUCAAUCAAAUUUUAUUUGUGUAGCACAUUUCAGCAGCAAGGCAUUUCAAAGUGCUGUAAAACCUUGCAAAUAAAGGUUAAUAAAGAUAUUUAACCUUUAUUUCAGCAGGAAUUGUUUGAUUUUCCUACUGAAAUAAAAGGUUCAAUGUUGAUUUUUCUCCCUUUAAAAGGAGAAAAGGAGUAAAUACCACAAAGUUGACAUUUGUGUUUGGAAAUAAUUUAACCAUUAAGGUUAGCAGCUGCCUUACUGUUUUAUUUUACAUAAAUAUUACUUAAUGGAGAAUUCAUUUGUAGUAAAGAUGCACCAAAACAUAGAGGCUGUAUUUUUAAAUCCCAGAGAAAAGUGAAUUACCAAGAUUAUCUCCAUUUAUGAAUCAAAGAAUAUACAGCUAACAUUUUUAUCAUUUUCUUUUAUUUUAAAAUCUACAUUCUUAGUUUGGUCCAUUUAAAAAUUUUAGCCUUAAAAUGAUUUACUUCAAACUGUAGAUGAUCAGUUGGAUCAGAUGCGGGGGUUAGGGUUAGGGUUGGGUUAGGGUUAGGGUUGGGUUAGGGUUAGGGCAGGCUCCACCACUCUAUCGUCUUUAAACAAACUAUUUUCUCUCCAUGGCAGCUUUUUACACUAAAGCUCUGAUCUGCACAAUCAGAGCACCUUACUGCAUCAUUUUCCUUCCCAUCACCAGCAAACCAGCGUUUCCGCCUCUCAGCCCUCCAUCCUGGUUUGUUCCUCCACUCCUGCUCUACACAGCGAUCAGCUUUUCACUUUCCUUCAGAAACAUAUUCUACUCACAAAAAGCCAGAAGAAAUGUGAACAUCAGUAGCUAUAAGGUCAAAUGCUGACAGCAGCAGACGGGUUUAAGGAGGUAAAACAUUUGCUCUGCUUCAUUCUCACUCAGACAUGUGGAAGAACUGAAGCCAGAAAAACAGAACAAGUUGUUCUCUCUGUGUUGUGUUUGCAGCCUUUCCACGGUCAAGUUAGCACACGGCUAAUAUGAACAACACAUGCAACUUUUUAAGCUUUAUCUGCUCUCACUGAUGCUCCUCGUUUGCAAAGUGCAACAAUCAAAUCAAGCAAGCACUAAAGGAACGGGAAACAUCAGCGGGAUGUCAAACUCACUUAUUUUUGGCCAUAUUGAGAUUAUAAAUGUCUGGUUCUGGUAAAAUGUAUUGAUAAAAUCCUUACCAAACCUCUAAAAUAUGAAUAAACAGCCACCUCUGCGCUCGAUGCGUACUCCUUAAAGUUAAAUACUCAAUUUUCUAAUCUGAGAUCAAAAGUCAGAAUCAGAAAAAUUGGAGAAUUUUAAAUUUUUUCAGAAUCCUUCAAUUUUUUCUCAGAAUUGAUUAUUCCCUUCAGAAUUCUUAAUUUUCUCAGAAUUAUAAAUAUUUAUCUUAGAAGAUUAAAGUCAGAAUUUUCUUUUCUUUGACCCGAAUCAUCCUCUGUUGAAAACUAUUAUUUGAUUGAUAAAAUACUAUUUCAGCAAACGGUUAGUUCUAGGUUCUGUUUACAUGUCCAUCUGGGCCACAUAAAACUUUACAGCGGGCCAUAUUUGGCCCGUGGGCCUUGAGUUUGACACUUGGAUUAUAAGAGCCAUUAAUCUAAAAGAAUUAAACUGUCAAACUGGGGCCAUUUAUUGAUUUUAGACGUUUUAUAGACGCUGAUAUCAGAUCCUCAUCUUAUUGUUCUAGCUGAGACGUUACACCGUGAAUCUAGUGAAAAAUGACAGAUAUGGUCAAUCUAGGUUAUGCAUCUUAUCUGAUACUUAAAGGAAACAUAUUAUGCAAAAUUCACAUUUUGAAUGUUUUUGUUCUUCCAUUUGUGUCUCAACUGCUUCUAAAAACAAACCAAGCACUUAAAAACAUUUAUUGGUAAUAAGUUAAUGUUUACUAAUGUCUGGAAGACAAGACAUUUCAAAAACUUCCCAGUUGUUAAGUCACAUUCAGUGAGCCCACCCGUUACCUAGCAACCCCAAUGAGCCCAGCCUGAUACUCCAUUCCCAGUUGAUCUCCAGCCAGUUUGGUCAGCUGGUUUUUCUGCUGUAUGUGCUGUACAAUGGCUGCUGGAAAAACAAGUUUUGUUGUUGACUCACCAUUCAGAAACCAGUUGCUGCAUUCUGGUUGGUUGUGCAGGAGGCUCCACUUCCUCUUUUCAAAGAUGUAUGGUUGUGUAAUUGUACAUCUGAGGCCCUAAAACAGUGGAGCCCAAAGUGGGUCCCUGAGGGCCGACAUCCUCCAUGUUUUAGUCUCUCCCUGGUUUAACGCACCUGGAUCCAGUGAUGGCUCAUUAGAGGCCUAAGAAGAACAUUGACCUGCUGAAAAGGUUGUUGGUGCCACCAGGGAGGGAACUAGAACAUGUAGGAUGCCGGAGCUCCAGGACCCACUUUGGGGACCCCCGCCCUAAAACAUCUCCUUCUGGAACUGAUUAGACUGAAAUCUCAUUAUCUAACAAUAGUUUAGUGCAAAAACUUAUUGAACAUGUUUGUAUGGGCCAAUUCUAACUUGUGAGGAAGCAGAGUAGAUCACCUUUAAAUGCAAAUUAUUUGUUCCCCACAUAUUGGACAGUUCAUUUAACUUUCCUUUAUAUAUAAAAACUACCACUGGGAUCCAUUUGCAGUGGAUACUGAGGCUCCACAGAAUAGAACUAUAACCCAAAGUUUAUUAUUCCGGUUUGCUUCAGUUGCUAUGCAAUCUAAGAAGUCAAGUCAAUAAUGGUUACGUAAAGCAUGUUUAAUAUCAGAGAGAACUUUUCAUCCAUCUUAGUCUUUAAAAGUAGAUAUAUAAUUUUAAAGAACACCAAUAAUUUAAUUUACAUAGUUUGUCCUGCAUUUUGUUGAUUGUAGUAGAUUCCAGGUAAAGAGUAAAAACCAAAAUAUUUACACCUAAAGUAUAAAAGAUUUAGAAGUUAUUUUCUAGUGUACAAGUAAAAACCAUUUGGUAACCUUGGUUAGAGUUGGGUUUCCCUACAACAGACAGUGAGUUUAAUGUAACCAGUGCAUAAUAUUGGAUGUAGAGAGGUGCAACAUGAGCACUCUUCAGGUUUAAAUGCAAUUCAUAUAAAAAACAAUAUUUGUAAUGCAAGUAAGCUCCUUUAUUGAUAUUUCUUGCAAUUUUAUCGCUUUUCUUCAUUUCCUUCAGGAUUAUUUUAAGCAUUGCCCUAAUCUAUUUCCUUAACAUCUGUAGCACUAAAAUCAGUUUACUUUCCCAGUUUUAGACUGAAAACUUCAAUCUUUCCCAUUUUCUGUCCUGCUUCACAAAAAGUACAAAAUCAAUGCAUAAAAUUUUAAUUAUGACAAUCAUUUAAUUUAUUGUACUAACAUUAAAAAUGAAAUUGACCAUGGGGGCACAAGGGAGAGUCCAUUUUGUUUCCUGAAAAUGUGUUUUGCAUAAAAGGCAAAACCUGGACCAGACUAAUGACACAUUACUGUCAGUACUUUUAUUUCCAGAGCUCAGCUUUAUUUUCCUUCUUGGCAUCUCCUCGCAGUGCAGAACAGACACUUUGUGACUCAUUAAUCAUAGAAACACUCGCUCUUCUCUCCUUGACCUAUAAAUUAAGUUUUCUCCCUCAGGUUUAAAACCUGAUGAAACAACAAUUUUGCUGAAUUUUUGCCUUGCAAAAUUCUUUCAAGGACUUUUGAAUUUUCUAAUGAAGCGUUUGCUGGGGUCCUUUUAACAAACUCCAGUUGCUGAGGUCAGAUUUAUUGAUCGCUCCCUUCUUCUACAAAACUCGACGGUUUUCAUCCUUUUUUUCCCGCGCCUCUUGAAUCCAAAUCAUUCAAUAAAAGCAGAGCUGCACAGGAUGGCCUCCUCCUGCUGUCGUAUUUGUCCUUAUGAAGGUGUUCAAGUUUCUGCUGUCACCAUUUCUCCUCCACUCCGCAUCAGUUCUUCAAUACAAUAAUAUGAAUGUUGCAGGAGUUAAUCCUUCUGUAUUCUUUGUUUCAAAGAAUGUUGUGCCAUUUGUGAAUAGCAAAAAGAACUAUUGAACAUAUAUGAAAAAGAAGAGCUAUUUUAAAUUAUUUUUGGCUUUUUUUGCUAUAUUUAUUUUAUUGUAUUAGAAUCUUAUUUGUAGGAGGGAAACAAAAAAAAUCAAAAACUGUAUUUUUCAUUAGUGCAAAAAACCUAUUUUCUUCCUUUUUGUACAAUUUCAAUGUUUUAAGCGAGACUUUAAAAAGCAAUAUGAUGAUGAUGACAAUGUUUCCUGUGACUGUAACUGCAUGCUGUUUGUGUUGCCUUAAUAAUGGCUGCAUCCCACUAUGUCCAACCCUUCUGCUGUCCUUUCCUCAAAAAUCAACCCAACCUCCAAAAGGAUUUCCAGUCCCAUCUGAUCUAGUGCAGACCAGUCCAAUCCAGUCCAGUGCAGUCAAUAAAGCAGUGCUUUCUGUGUACA